AAGGCCGAGAUCCUUACCGCGCCGCCGUCUAACUCUCCCUCCGGCGCCGACAGGUCGCUCUCGCUCCGGUAAUAACCACUCAAACGACUAAUGAGUUUGUUAGUUUUACGGAAAAGAUACACAAAUAAAUACUAAACAAUUUCUUACAUUUUUCUAACUGAAUGCUUUCUCUUCUUAGCCGGACUCCUCCACCACUCGCCAUGGCGGCGCGUGUUCUUCCACUCGUUUUCCAUCCUACCGCCGCGUCCGCCAUGACUACUGUCUCCACGAACUCGCAUUCCAUUCUCAUUCUCCCUCCGUCACCUACGGUGGCUCAUGUUUCCUUCGGCAAAUCUUCCUCAAUUAUUGGUCGGAAGUUUCAUUACGGAUUGAAUUGCAAAGAGGACUGGAGAUGGAGUGUUGCAGGAUGGUGUGGCAAAGUGUUUGCUUCUCAGAGAGAGUUUAGGAAGUCUCAAAAAAGGCCCUUGAAGAAGAAAGAGAAAGAGUUGGAACUUAGUGUAAAGAUUUGCAUUGAAGAGCAAUUGCCCGAUGAUUCUGAAAUUGUGGAUAUUGCUGAAAUGCUUCGGCUUAAUGUUCCAAUGGCUAUGAAAUUUGCAUUUGAUAAUUUGAAAGAUUCUGAGUAUCAAACGAGGGAUAGAGCAAUUAGUGACGUUGGUUGCUUUGAAAGUGUUGAAUUAUCAGUAUUGCUUUGCAACGAUGAGUUCAUCCGCGAACUUAAUAAGGAUUGGAGAGAUGAGGAUAGUCCGACUGAUGUCCUUUCAAUGUCUCAACAUAUACCUGAACUUAAGCUUCCAAUUUUAAUGUUGGGAGACAUUGUGAUUUCGGUGGAGACAGCAGCAAGGCAAGCAGAGGAAAGGGGACAUAGUUUACUAGAUGAGAUACGCAUCUUACUGGUUCAUGGUUUGCUACAUCUUUUGGGAUUCGAUCAUGAGAUUAGUGAUGAAGCUGAAGCUGAAAUGGAGAAAGAAGAGGAGCUCCUUCUAAAAAGUCUUGGGUGGAAGGGAAAAGGAUUAAUUCAGAGCGCAUAUGAUGCUGAGGCUGCUGGAAGUCCUCCUUUGGCGAACAUCGACAGGAAGAAAGAAGGGAGUCUUCGAUUUUACAGACCAAAGUUUAGCUACAUCUUUUGUGAUAUGGAUGGUACCUUGCUCAACAGCAAAAGUCAGAUUAGUUCAGCAACUGCUGAAGCUCUAAGAGAGGCCAUUUCUAGGGGUGUAAAAGUGGUCAUAGCUACUGGAAAAACUCGUCCUGCUGUCAUUACUCUGCUCAAGAGUGUAGGUUUAGCUGGAAAAGAUGGCAUUGUUUCAGAUGUUUCUCCAGGAGUAUUCGUGCAGGGGUUGCUCGUUUAUGGCAGACAAGGCCGGGAAAUUUCUCGAAGAAACUUGGAUCCAAUUUUGUGUAGAGAGGCAUGUCUCUACUCUCUCGAGCACAAGGUUCCUCUUGCUGCAUUUAGUGAGGAUCGGAUCUUAACAUUGUUUCAUCACCCUCUUGUGGAUUCACUUCAUACCAUAUAUAAUGAGCCAAAGGCUGAGAUUAUUCCUUCAGUCGAGCAACUAUUGGCAGGGACAGACAUACAGAAGGUGAUCUUCUUAGAUACUGUGGAGGGAGUGAGAACGACAUUAAGACCAUACUGGGUGAAGGCAACUGGAGAUAAUGCCUCUGUUGUCCAAGCUCAACCGGACAUUCUUGAACUUGUUCCUCCUGGAUCUUCUAAGGGCAGUGGAGUAAAAGUACUUCUUGAUCAUUUGGGUGUUAGUCCUAAGGAGAUAAUGGCCAUUGGUGAUGGGGAGAAUGAUGUGGAGAUGCUUGAGUUGGCUUCUCUUGGUGUUGCUCUCAGCAAUGGAUCAGAGAAGGCAAAAGCUGUUGCAGAUGUAAUUGGUGCCAGCAAUGAUGAUAAUGGGGCAGCUGAUGCAAUCUACCGUUAUGCAUUUUGAGGUUAUCUUCAGGAAUGGAAGAAUUGGAAAACGAGAACUGGAGAGGAUUAAACAUACACUUUCAUAAAGUAUUAAAGGUUUAAUUUUCUAACUUAUUCAAUUUGAGGAAAGUUCUCAUAAGCCAGCAAUUAGGCUGAAAUGGGAGCAAAUCACUCCCUUCUCCAUUCAUUCCAUAGGCCACUUAUAAUGAAUUUAAAAUAAAAAAACCUACUUCUUGUCAUUAACCUUAUGAAAGAAUGAGGAAAAAAGCAUAUUGUGUAUCUGCAGAGAACUUCAGUUUUUCCCCUGAACAUAGGGUAUGUCAAUGACAUCUUAUACUCAUUGCAUGUAA